CGUUUUCACUCAUAAAACUCUCAGACAUCCUGAACAAAAACUCCCAGAGCCCGUCGUCAGCCUCUGAAGCUGUGUGAGAACCGGACGGAGCGAGGACGUAAAGCUCACCGGCGCAGGCUGGACCUCACUGCUACCGCCUCGCUUCCACAGGCUCAGCUCUGUGGACUCCACCAGCUCCUGGACCACCUCUGUCCUCACGAGCACUACAAGCAACUGCACACCACACCCUCCAUCUCAUCCUUCUGCACUCCUACACCUCUCCCUCUCUCUCUCUCUCUCUCUCUCUCUGUGUGUGUGUGUGUUUGUGUGUUUGUGCGCGUGUGUGUGCGUGCACUUCACCUCCAGCACCCCACUUGCACAGUGCUAGCAUACUAUGGAGAAGGUGCAGCACAUGACCCGUGCGGCCAUCAGGAGGGCGUCCACCAUGGAGGUUCCCCAGCAGGCUAAGCAGAACAUGCAGAACCUCUUCGUCAACUUCUGCCUCAUCCUCAUCUGCCUGCUGCUCAUCUACAUCAUCGUCUUGCUAAUCUCUUUCCAUAUGUGAAGGACGGACAGCGUGGUGUAACCUCGUCCUCCUCCCGGCACCGCACGCUGAGCACGGCCGUCCCUGAGCCACGCGGCGCCUCACUGCGAGCUCGCACUCUACCAUCGUCCAGAACGCCGACACGCCAACUCCGACGUCUUUCACCAUGGAUCUCACCAACAACCGGGGUCUCAACCUGCUGCUCAACUUCCUGCUCAUCGUCAUCGUGCUGCUGCUCAUGCUCAUUCUGGUCAAGCUCAUAUAACGUGAGCUGAGCCGCUCACCUCAAGCGCUCAAGACUUAAUAUGGCCUGAACACAUUUACUAUAGAGGUAGCGGUAUCGGGGGAUCUCUCUCUCUCUCUCUCUCUCUCACACACACACACACACAAUCUCUCUGUUUGAGUGUCAGUUCCACUAUCACUUCAUGAAUGACAUUUUGAUGCAUUGCUUUAACACCGAAAGCAAUCUAGGAGGUCUUUUAUGUGCAAAAGGUGUGCGUUCCUUAACGGCAAACAAAUCGAAACCGACCUUUUUACCGCGAAAGCUCACGUGCUCAGAUGGUGCUUGCAAAGCAAUUCUAAUUUGUAUGUAAUCUUCCACUAAAGUGCAGCACUAGACAUUUUCCUGCCUUUAAACAGCCUCAGAAUUUUUAUCUACAUCGCUGUGAUUAAAAACUAACAGCCGAGACGCCCACUUUUCAUAAGCCAGUCAAAGUCCCGCCCACUAAAACAUGCUGUUUAAUCCAGGAAAUGUACGUUUCACUGAUUAAAGCCCGAUUUGGAUUGGAUUCACUUUUACAUGUGGAGUGUAAUCAUUACCAGCGUAUCUCUGGGAUUGUAAUCUGAAUCCACCAUGUAGGUAAAAAAAAAUAAAAAUUCUUUAGUAUAAAAGACACUCCAGGAAGCACUCUGGUCUUUUUUUCCCCCCAUUUUUAAUUUUUUAUAGUCUCCCACAUAAACCAAAACAAAAGCAGAGUUUAAAACGGAUCAAUAAACCACAGAUGACGUUUAAAAUAACUCGACGUGAUAAAGAAGCGACACUUUCGGGGGUUUUAGGGAAGUUACCGAGUUCCACGUGAGAACAGAUCAAUUAAAGCUUACAUACGUGUUAUGAUCACGUGACCUUCUUUCGAUCAAACAACCUGUGUGAAUAUUUUAUCCGUCCGAAUGGCACUUAAGACAUAAACACAGCUUCCGACUCGCUUGCACCAUCUAGUGGUGAUGUUUAUACUGCAACGAAUAAAAACCUAAGACCAAUGUCUUUAAUUGCACUCCUCCGCCCACCCUUCUUCUCCCUACUCCACAGUGCAUUAUGGGAGAUCUGCAGACCCUCGGCUACGCUGUUCGGUUCGGGUUGAUGAUAAAACUCGAGCUGGACGAUAAGACUUGAUUGUGACUCCUGCUCACGAAAAGUUUUAUUUUUAAAAAGUGAUUUAUUUGUCGGGACGGCCAACGAAAUGUCCUUAAAUCCGUCACAGGAGUGGCACAAGGGGUGGGCGAUCAGAACAAAAAUCUAAAAUCCCUACAAAAAUCAUACCGUGUAUAGUACCAGGAUACUUAUGAAAAAUAAAUAUGCAAAAAAAUGUAAUAAAAAUGGCAGCAAACCAAUAGCAUCACAUCACAACACAAAUUUUUUUUGUAUGAUUUUGUGGCUACAAAAAUAAAUAAUUUAACGCUGAAAAGAAGUGCAACAUUUUAAGAACAAAUCAGCGACUUCCAACCGAUGCUAAAAAUAUUUACGACAAUAUCUUCAAUAUCUCAAAAAAGUAUACUGUGACGUCAUUUAUCACAAUAUCGAUAUUAUUGUUAUCCAAUCAUGUUUCUUUUUUGUUUUGUUUUUUUUAUACCAGUUUGCAAACCUAAAUAUCUUGAUAUAUACCUUACUUAUAUUAAUACACUAUUUUUGCCAUGUCAUUCACCCUCAUGGCCAUGUCUGGCCGAGCUGAAAUGGCCUUCCAGGACCCAUACCGACGACCUCGGAUCUCCAGUUCAUAAAGAAAGCUGCUUGGGUGGUGCACAAUGAUGAAACUCACAUGGCUGUUUGAUUACAGAAAAUCAACCACCAUCUUACAGCCUGAAACGCUGAUGUUACACUUUGACGUUACACGGUUUGGUUGGUAUAUAGUGUGUGCAGAAAUGUAAUCGAUGUUGUUUUGCACGUGCACGAGUGCGCGGGUUUAAAAUGUCAGCAGAUACACGAGAGGGAGAUUAUAAUGAAGGUGUAUGUGAACUAAACUGAUAAUAAAUAUCCUCCACUGAUGAGCACA